UACAGGAGCCGUAUACCGGAGAGCCCAGGGUGACGGCGCGGAGCCUGUGCACAAUGACUACUAAGUAGCUGGAAGAAGCUUCACAAUCUCAUCCAUAGAACAGAUUUCCAGCCUUUACUAACAAUUCAAGAUCCUGGGCUCAUCUACCUACAACCCCCAUCAUCCCAGAUAUUCGGGCUACCACAGCCUAGCCUGCCCGGACAUGAGGAGUCAGAGUCGUGGUCAGAGUCCGCCCCAUCACCACUUCUGCUGUGCAGCCGGGAUUGGCUCUCUGCCCUCAGCUCAUACUGCACUCGGGAUAUAUAUACCCUCCAUCCUGAGCACGAGGCCUCCCAGCAGUAUGAGCAGGAAGACCAAGAGUAUCAUAACUCACACCGUUUCUUCUGGAUCCACAAUGCGUAAAGCGACCGGCCAGUCUGGAAGUGGAGUUCAAAGGUCAAGGAAAUGGUUGGCCAUUCCCCGACUGUCGAUUAAGCGCCAGUUUGGUCAAAUGCGGCCUCCGUUUCUGCGUUUCCGCUCCUGGCAGCUUCUUAAACCCCUGGCAAAGGCUGGAUUACGUCCAACUACAAGAGUCAGCAGGGCGGUCUACACCAGGGCUCCCACUCGCCUCCUAUCCCGCCUGUGGGGACUGCUGAAUGAGGUCAGCCUGCCUCACUGGCUGCGUCGUCCUCUGCUUUCCAUGUAUGUGUGGGCUUUCUCUGUGAACAUGCAAGAAGCUGAGGUGGAAGAUCUGAACCGCUACAGGAACCUAGGGGAGCUCUUCAGACGUCCAUUAAAGUCCACGGCUCGAAGCAUUUCUCCUCAGUACUUAGUCAGUCCCUGUGACGGUCGGGUCCUACACUGUGGCCGAACACGUGGCUCACAGAUUGAACAAGUGAAAGGUCUCACAUAUUCAUUGGAGAACUUCUUGGGACCUCAAGAUUGGCGGGAAUCAGAAAACUCAGGUGUUUCAUUUCUGCAGCAGUUGGGCGUACGUCCCACCACCCGACUCUACCACCAUGUUGUGUACUUGGCUCCAGGUGAUUAUCAUCGAUUCCAUUCCCCAACUGACUGGAGCAUUCAGCAUAGAAGACAUUUUCCAGGUUCCUUGCUUUCAGUCAGCCCCCAUAUCGCUCGUUGGGUCCCUGGAUUGUUUUGUCAAAAUGAACGUGUGGUCCUCAGUGGGCAGUGGCAGUUUGGCUUCUUUUCCCUUACAGCUGUAGGUGCCACAAAUGUUGGCUCUAUCCACAUCUAUGGUGAUUCAGAAUUGCACACAAACCAUUCUCGUCAUGUGAAAGGAAAAUAUCAUGACUGCAGCUACAUAGAACAACAUGGAGCCACUGGCCUGGUCUUGGCAAAGGGGGACCCUCUGGGAGAAUUUAACUUUGGCUCUACCAUUGUUCUGGUGUUUGAGGGACCUCGGAAUUUUACAUUUCAAAUGAAAAACGGAGAGAAAGUUUUCAUGGGCGAAGCGCUGGGGACACUGUGACUCCUCCAAUGUGAUCAGGACUUAGGUGCAGGACACCGAAUACUUACACAUUUUAUGUUUUUAUCCGGUUAAUAAAGAGAGUUUAUAAUAACAUGUAAAAA